GUAAGAACAUCAUAUCGGACCGAAUGAUUGCUGUUGUCUCCUUGCAGCUCACAUCACCCGCCGUGCGUAUAUAUAGGUCUGGCAGACAACCAUCGAGGUUGAAAGCAAACACAUCGCCAUCCAAUCGUGCGCGCAUCUACAACGCUUCAAUCUGUAUUGAUUUAAUAUUCUAUAUUGAAUCAACCGAGCCAUGCCUCUUCAGGUCAAGGAUGCCAGAACCGUCGACAAGACAACCUAUUCAUACAUCGUUGAACACAACGUCAGUGUCCCUCUCCAAAUUGGCGGCUUGAUCCGGUGCAACGUCUAUCGGCCAAAGUCCACCGACGAAGGGGAGAAGUUCCCUGUGUUAGCGACCUACGGACCAUAUGGGAAGGACAUUCCCUACAGCGAAUUUCAUCCAGGGAGCUUCAAAAGUGUUCCUUCCGAGCAUCAGACGGGGCAGUCGGCCUGGGAGACUCCCACCCCGAGCUACUGGACAAAACAUGGCUAUGUCGUGGUGCGAGCCGACGAAGUGGGAACCGGUCAGUCGCCCGGAAAGCUUGACAUCUUGAGUCGCGGUAAUACCGUUGAAGCCUUUUACGACCUAAUUGAAUGGGCGGCGGAGCAGGAGUGGUCAUCAGGAAAAGUCGGUCUUCUGGGAAUCAGCUAUUUUGCCACGACGCAGUGGUGGGUGGCCAGCAUGAAUCCCAAAGGCCUAGCGGCUAUUGUCCCUUGGGAAGGGUUUGCGGAUAUUUACGCCGACGCCAUCCGACAUGGGGGUAUCCUUUCCACCACGUUCUUUGGAAACUUGCGAGACCGACGUCUCGCGGCAAAGCUGGCUCAAUCGCCCGGAUUUACUGGGAACUGGUUUGAUCGACAGGUCUCUUCGAACCAGUACGGGCUGCCCGGAAGGGCGGCGCGGCAUUACGGGCCAGAUACCGUUGAUGGCGAUCUUAGCCCCGAAGAAUUGUAUGAGAACCGAGUUGACUUCGUCCAUGAUACUCAUAAAUACCGAUACCGCGACGAUAAGCGUUGGACGCAGGUGAACUUCAAUCCGGAGGACAUUCGAGUUCCCAUACUUAGUGGUGCUAAUUGGGGCGGUGUUGGCUUGCAUCUUCGGGGCAAUGUUUGUGCCUACAUGCAGGCAGCAUCCGAAUUCAAGUAUAUCCGUUUCUUUGUCGGCCGGCAUGACCUACCCUUUUAUUAUCCCGAAGAGGUGGAAGUCCAGCGCAGCUUCCUGGACGCAUUCUUGAAGGGUGAGGACCGAGUCGGUUGGUCCGUGAAGGGUGCAGUGCCUUCAGUUGACUUGAUGCUAAGAAAAGGGUACGAUGUCAAGGCCAGUGACCCCGAGGGCGAAAAGAGAUUUUCACGGCGAACGGAGACGGAAUGGCCAAUUGCUCGGACCCAGUACACCAAGUUCUACCUCUCCUAUGAUAUGGGAUUAAGGCGGGGCAUUCCAGCCGAGCCCUUUCCCCGAAAAUUGAGCUACGAAGCACUUGGAACCCAGCAAUCACCGCAGUCCAUUGUGUUCACGACCUCUGCUUUCGAAUCAGAAACUGAGGUGACCGGCCACAUCACUGCCCACCUGAACGUGUCGGUGACUGCCAACCUCAGGAGCAAUAUCACGCCAUCUGAUAUUGACCUGUUUCUCACUCUUCGCCAUAUCUCCGCCGCUGGAAAGGAAAUCUUCUAUACUGGUUCAUUUGGCGACCCUAUCCCGGUGACGAGAGGUUGGUUGCGCGUCAGCCUGAGAAAAGUGAACGAAUCGCACCCCAAGCACCGGGAGUGGCUCCCUCAUCGGGAUUAUUGCUUGACCAAUGUGCAGCCGGUGAUCCCUGGAGAGGUUUAUGCCGUUGAUAUCGAGCUCUGGCCGACCAAUGUGGUGGUCCAGCCGGGUGGCAAGCUAGUUUUGGAGGUGAGCUCGGGUGAUACGGCUCAAUCGGGGGUAUGGGAGCAUAAUGAUCCUAUUGAUCGGAGCAAGGCCACUUUUGAGGGGAUAAACAGCAUCCAUUUUGGACCGAGCUAUACUAGUUAUAUGACUCUGCCGAUUAUUCCUCCCAUAUAGGAACAGCUAUCUAAGUGGCUUAAGUCGGACAUUUAGAGCAUUGAUAUGAGUCUGAGACAGCUGAAACCCGGCUCAUGUUACUACUUCUAAUUCCUGAAAUCAUUGAAAGCUUGGUAUUGUCUGCCAGUCAGCUCACGUUUAGUCUGGAGUAUUCGGUCGGAAGCAGAGUACCUUGAGCACAAAAUGUGUACGAUGAACACUCGCUCGUGAUUAGUAGAGCCUGCUUCCACCUCGUUUUAACGAGUGCAAUAAAGGAAUUG